GCACAACAAAAAAACACGUGCGGCCGUCAUGGCGCUUGGCGUGUGGCGGUUGGCUCACGGCAUCGUGCUGACUGUGGCCGUACGGGCCCUUGAGGAUUUGACCUCCGUGGAUCGUUGGGACUGGGAGGAGCUCGACGACGUCGCCCACGUCGCCGUCGCACGAAGCGUGCAGCAGUUGGAUUUAAUCCUGGCAGUAAAGCAUGCCUCAGAAGAACGCCUGGAAGAAGAAUUACAACGGGUUUCUUCCCCUGCCAGUAGCAGCUAUGGCCGCUACUGGCGAUUGGACGAAAACUUUGCAUCUCUGCUGGGUUGCAGAAAAGAAGCUGAAAAGAUUCAGAAAUAUUUGGGAAUCAACGGCACCAUGAUUUCCGAAAUGGGAGACUUCAUCCGUGUGAAGAAAUCCGUGUUGGAGCUGGAAGCCUUGCUGAAGCUUCGCUUCAGGCCCUUUCGCCACAAGGCCAGUGGUCAGAUUCGCUUUGCCGCCCGAGCCUUGGAGCGCUUGCAGCUGCCAGAAGCUUUGGCACAGAUCGACCUCAUCAGCGGCCUCCACCUCCCUCGACCCCUGCGGUCACCGCGACCGUCACCGCGACCGUCACCGCGACCGGUGGCAGAUUCGCGAAACCAUACAGGCAACAGCAGCAAGGUCCUCGUGGUGGAAGCCCGUGACCGGGGCUUCCAGGUGCAUGUGCUGCUGAAUAUGGAGCGAGCCAGAUACCGGCAGCUUUGCUCCAAUGAAACUGGUGCUACCUGCGCCCUGCGUCACUAUGAUGCCAUUUGCACCCCUGUGAUUGUGGCCGGACGUAGGGAAUAUUUGGAAGCUGUGAAACUUCAAGCAGAGGUACAAGAGGACUCGUGUUCUGUGGCGGGGCUCAACGAGUCAAGUGUACAGAUCACGUGCGUGAUUGUGUUGGGUCCGUCUCUGGGCUUGGUGAACUUUUCCCCCACUGAGUUGCAACUGCAAGCGGUCUUUGCGGAUGGCAGCCAGAGUGCCUGGGUGACCUAUGAGAGGUUGGCCUUCCCUUCUCUCAGCAUGACUGUGGGUGAUUUGCGAAGAAUGUACCACGUGCCAGAUGGCUCUCGAAAUCGGGCAAGCAACAACUCCCAGGCAGUGGCGAGUUUCUUCAAUAUCAGCGCAUCGGAGGAAGAUGCCCGGCUCUUCCAUAUGGCCAUGGGCACGCGCCGGCAACCGGCCGCCUCGUUUCAGGGACCUCGCGGAGAGCCGGGGGUGGAGGGCAACAUCGACAUGCAGUGGAUCCAGGCCAUGGGGAACAACGUGCCAAUGACCUACUGGGCCACUCCUGGAGGGGAUCCCCAAACGGCGCAUGAGCCUUUCCUGGAGUGGUUGCUGGAGCUGGCGAACAGCAGCAAUCCACCUUUGGUGCACUCCCUGAGUUAUGGCGAAAAUGAAGAGGACUAUUCCCUGCCCUACCAGCGUCGCGGAAACCUGGAACUCGCCAAGUUGGGCCUCCGUGGCAUCACGGUGCUGGCCGCCAGCGGCGAUACAGGGGUGCAGGGAGCUGCUCAGCAGGGCGGUAGUCCACCACGAUGCGCUCCGUUCGCAGCGGUAUGGCCAGCUUCUUCCCCCUACAUCACCACUGUGGGGGCCACCAUGGUGUCGAAUCACAUGUCUGACGUCUGCAAUAGCGACCGCAUCUACGCCAUGGGGUCGAACAGUUCCAUGCCCUUCGCAUGUCCUGAGACCAACGUGGGAGAAAUUGUGUGCUCUACUCAGACGGGAUCCAUGAUCACCAGUGGCGGCGGCUUUUCUCAGCGAUUUCCUCGACCACAGUACCAGGAAGAUGCCGUGGAAGAGUACCUCAGUCAAGUCGAUGUGAAUCGAUCCCUCUCUUCAACUCGACAGGCCGUGGCUACCCGGAUAUCAGCGCCACCGGAGCGAAUGUGCCCAUCAUCUUUCAGAAACGGCUGA